GUGGCUAAUAUUAAGACGCAUGCGCGCCCGCAACUUAAAUUACGAAACGCGGCGUCGAGGCUAGCGUUGAUGUCGUGUUUGCUUUAAGUUUGUAAGUUACUUUGAUCUACUUUGCCGCAGCUGCGACAGAAGACAAUGCUUUUCUUUUUGCCUUUGUGCGAGCUGUUUUUUCCACGCUCGUGUGCGUUGCUGUACCUGGCGCUUGUCGUGGAAAACACUUUCACUGCACAUGAUGAGGCAGUGACACGUCUUCGGCGUCUCUCAGCGUUGUUGUCGUGAACUUCUUGUGGGUGCUGCUGCGGCUAUGUGUAUGGAAGCGCGACCGAGCGAGUUUCUCGGUCUCGCAUGCGUUGCCGCCGAAACUGGGAGCACAUUUUCGGUUGAGCAGUGGACCAGACUGGUGGUGCUUCAUCCGAGUCUACUUGACAUAUACGUCGAACACUUCAAUGAGCAGCGUCAGUCUUAAACCAUGCCAGGAUCAGGAUCAGACUUCAUGAGUAGACCGAAUAAUUUGAUGCGCUUUGUGCUACUAAGCGCCGUACUACUACAAGCUGUUGUAAGCCAGCCCUACCAGACGCCACACCGUUGUUCGAAUCGUCUGGAAAACGCACUUGAGCACAUGCGCCGUCGCAGUGCUCAAACCAAGGAAUCCUCGCGAGGGCGUUCCCGUUCCAUGUGGGAACAACCGUUUCAGACUCCAUAUCAGCUGUAUCAUAGUUUUUAUGGACAGCAUACUGAACCUGAGGAUGAUUUCUAUAAUGUAGGCGGCAGCCCAAAUUACGGGCGUGGCUACUAUGCCAAGCACAUACGACGCAAUGGACGUCCCUAUCAGUCCGCCAGUGGAUUAAGCGGCAGUGCUCUGGAAUUUGAGGAGUUACUGUCUUCACAUCAACAAAAACAACAGCAGCAACAGCAACAUUACCAGCACCGGCAACCGCACAAAUUAGCCAUAUCGCGGGUGGAGGUUGAGGAUCUUAAGGUUAGGGUACCGCCGGCAAAGUCCUCAUCACGCUGGGUGGAGAUUGACAAGUGCAAGUUCAGCACUGAGAAUUCCACGUUGGACACGCGUCUUAUUUUUCCGGACUUAACUCUCAGUGGCAAGGUAAUCCUCCAGCCUACAGGUGGCCGUUGCAACAUGAUAUUGCGCAUGAGGCACGCAGGAAUUGAGUUUCGAACGGUGCCGUUGGGCCCAGCAUCAGCCUCGCCCUCUUAUGAGCAGUCUCGAAGGUUGGGUACCGCCUCUGUGCGCACAGAUUCGCACUUUGCAGAGCCUGGCUUUAUUUCCGUGUUUGCGCACGGCUGCCAAGGACCAAGUGGCAUCAGACUCCGCCAAAAUUCGAAACGACGGUUCGGCUACGGCGAGGGUACGGCACCACAAGUAGAAUUGGGUGAGCCACACGUAAUCUUAGGCACCUCUGGCAAGUAUCAAAAGCCAAACUACGAUAUUCGGCUGGAGCAUACUACUCAGAGAGAUCAGAGCCUGACUUUUGGCAGCAACGAGGGAUUUGGUGAUUCAACCGAGUUCUUUGAUGUGAAUGGCGACAACUUUUACCGACGGCGACAGUUGGGUAAACGGCGCCGACGGCGUCGUCGCCAUACGUUACCCACCGAUUUCUCGGAUGAAAUACAUUUCAAUGAAGACGUACUGCAUUUUGAGGAUGAGCAGCUGCAGCAGCUUGUCGAACCGGAUGCCCGUGCUUUUGCUGAUAUUUUCUCUGGCGGAAGUGGUGGCGCCAACGGCAAUCAUGAAGAGUUUGUAGGUGAUGCCAUGUCCAAUGAGCUGGAGAAACUCUUUUCGAUGGGCGUGCGAGGUUUGCUUACCACUUACAUGCAGAGAGCCCUUCAGCCGGCCAUCAAAGAGACGCUUAUGGAAAAUAUGGGCUACACGCUUAGCUACGGCUGAGAUCUGUGAUCCGCCAGGAUUUAAGUUUAUUAUACGAGUUAAUG